UGUGUAUACAUUCAGUAGCUCGGUCUUCAAUUUGUUUUACGUAACAGAUAAGAAAUUCUUACGAUAAAUAUCAAUACAGAGAAAUAAGAAGCGAUAGUAUAAAAGUAAGGAACAGUGUUAUAUUCAGUAACUUGCUAUGAACCAUACACCAAACGUGACAUAUGUGAAGUGACUGGCAAUAAAUAAAAAUGAAAUAUUGUACAGUUUUCUUAUUAUUUGCAAGUUUUUGUUUUCAACAAUCUUCAACUAAAGUAUUCACACGCUGUGGACUGACGCAAGAGUUAUUGAAGCAAGGGUUUCCGAGGAGCUUUGUUGGAAACUGGGUUUGUUUGAUUGAAAGCGAAAGCUCUAAAGACACCUCCAAAGUGACCAACAAAGCGAACGGAAGCAAAGGUCUGGGAUUAUUUCAGAUUAGCAGCAAAGAAUGGUGCACCUAUAACACACCAGGGGGCAAAUGCAACAUGAAAUGCGAAGAUCUGGUCAAUGAAGAUAUUUCGGAUGAUUCAUCCUGUGCUAAAAAAAUGCAUGGGGAAUUAGGAUUCCGGGGAUGGGAAGGAUGGAAACGCAGCUGUUACCGAAGGAAAUUGCCGAUACCAAACUGCUGAAACUUUAUUUUUGUAUUUUUUGAAUUAAAGUUUGGUAUAUUCCAAAAUAACGCUUCUCUUAAGUAUGUAUACGUAGGUUUUACUAAAUUCUUCGGCUAGUCAAAUUAGAGGGUGGCGUAAUUUAUUUACAUUUAAUUAAACUGUUCACAGUUUCUAUUUACCAUUCAAUAUUUGUAGUUCAUAAGUAUAUUAAAGCAAAAUAAACACAUAUCCUAUA